CCGCGCGCCUUUUUCGCUACCCGGCAUCUGCACGGCAAAUCGUCGUAGGCAUCGGCACAAGGAAUAUUGGUUGGUUCGUGCUGUAUUUUUCCAGAAUCCGAAAGGUGUGGUGCCUUGCACCGGUCAAACAUCAAGCAUUCCUCCGUACGUUGCGAUUACAACACACACAGAAAUAACCAACAUAGCAGCUGGAACGCUGCCAUAAAAACAUCCCAAAACCAGAACGAAACGCUAAACACGGAACCAGUUUGCGGAAGUUGACAUCCGGUAACUUGCUUCGGUGAAACGAUUGCAGUGGUGCAGUAAAUAGAGCCUAUCAUGGAAGAAAAGCCAAAAAAGCGUGUCCGUCAACCAAGGGCCGUGAAGGAAGACACUCCACUGCAACCACUUACGGACAAUCCGAUCAAGCCGGAACCCAACGAUCUAGCACCGGUUGUUGAGCCGGUGAAAGCGAAAGGUGGCAAACGGAAGGUAAAUGCGGCGGAAACGGUUGCUACCGAAAAGCCAUCGAGAAAGACGGUGGCUGCAGGCAAGAAAGCAAAGGCAACAGAGCAAAGCAACGGUGGGCUGGAAGAAAAUGAAGCUGUCGAGGAGGAGAAGAAGGUCGAGGAAACGGUCGUAACGAAAAGUGCACCGGUUAAAAAAGGUCGAACGACGAAAAAGAGCGCACCGGCGGCAGUAGAACAAACUAACGGGGCCAUGGGCGAGGAAGACCCGGAAAGCAAUGGUUCACGGGAAAAGACUCCGGUUGUGGUAAAACCGAACCCGGUAAAGAAGGGUGCUCGAUCGGCGAAGAAACCAGCGAUUGUGGAGCAACCCGACGAAAACACAAGCAGCCCGGUUGAAGAAAAGAAGCCCAAGGGCCGGAAAACGGUUGCCAAGGAUACGAAGAAAGUCGGCAAGGUGGAAAAGGCAGAGCCUGCUGAUGUGCCGGAACAGACAGUUGAAUCUCCAGUAGCGCCUACUAAACGUGGAAGAGCAAAGCCGAUCGCUACGAAGCAAGAAGUGGAUUCAGUGGAAGAACCAGCUAGUCCUCCAAAGCCAAAAGGACGUGGCAAAGGCAAAGCUGCUGCCAAAGGAAAAGUAGAAGAGGAAAAAUCUCUGACCAUGGCCGAACCGGUCACGGCUACAAAACCGAAUGCAAGAGGCCGGAAGAAAGUUGCUGCCCUCGAGGAAACGACUCCAGAUGUGGUUUCCGCACCCGAAUUACCAACACCAGCCAAGACUGUAGAACUGCCCAAACGGGGCAGAACUCGAAAGGCGAUUGUUCCGAGCGAGGCUGAUGGAGAAGAAGCUGAAUCUGGCCCCAGCAAGACCAAGAAAAGAGCUGCAACGGCUAAUGCAAGCAAUGGAGACAUUCCGACCGUAACGCAACGCAAGCGAACCAAAGCACCGGUACCCGAGCAGGAGGAGCCCGAUACGGUGGUUCCGUCCAAAGAAAAGAAAGCGAAAGUGGCGGCCGCACCGAAAAUGAACAAAUGUGCCACCGACUAUGCAACGAUCAACUUUGCGCUGGACGAAAGCAAACCCUGGAACUAUAAAAUCUCCAGCUGGAACGUAGCCGGACUGCGUGGUUGGAUCGGCAAGGGUGGGCUGGAGUUUAUCGACCACGAGCAACCGGACAUACUGUGCGUGCAGGAAACGAAGUGUACCGAGGAUCAGCUGCCGGACGAGGCGCGUCACAUCAAGGGCUACCAUCCGUACUGGCUGUGCAAACCGGGUGGGUACGCGGGCGUUGCCAUCUACUCGAAAAAGAUGCCCAUCCACGUGGCGUACGGGUUGGGCGAUGAGGAGCAAGAUCAGGACGGGCGUCUGCUAACGGCCGAGUACGAAAAGUUCUACCUUGUGUGUGUGUACGUGCCGAAUGCGGGCAAAAAGUUGGUCACACUACCGAAACGGAUGAGAUGGGACGAAAAGUUUCACAGCUAUUUGCGUGAACUGGACGCCAAAAAGCCGGUCAUACUUUGUGGUGAUAUGAAUGUGGCGCACGAAGAGAUUGAUUUGGCGAACCCGAAAACUAACAGGAAGAAUGCUGGGUUCACCCAGGAGGAGCGGGACGGGAUGAGCAAUCUGCUGUCGCUUGGGUUUGUGGACACAUUCCGGAAGCUGUACCCGGACCGGGCCGGUGCGUACACGUUCUGGACGUACAUGGGAGGGGCGCGGGCAAAGAAUGUUGGGUGGCGGCUGGACUACUUCAUCACCUCCGAGCGGUUGGUGGAUAAGGUGACGGAUAACGUUAUCCGGACGCAGGUGUACGGUAGCGACCACUGUCCCGUGACGUUGUUUUUAAACAUCUGAGACGUCGUCAGCGUGGCGUUUACUCUUUUUCUGUGGCUUUUUAGUUUCAUGCAUUUUCUUUCGAACUCGGACGCUAAUAGCUCUUAUGUUCGGUGUAGACUUGUGUUGGUCUAUUGGAUGUCGUUUUUGGAUCUUUUUUUUACUUGUGUUUCUUUUAUCAAAGUAUCCACUUUUUAACCACUCAGUAUCAGUAUGCAAGACUUCAGCACAUUCGUGAGGAUAUUAUUUGUUUGAUGAUUAAUGUGUGUGUGUGUGUGGCCUAAUAAACGAUAUUUGUUAAGAAUCUAGAAACGCUCUUA